AUGGGGGGCCCCCUUCCUGGGAGGGGUGCAGGGCGUGGGGUGGGAGAACGUGUCCCGAGCCGUCAGCGCACCCCGCAGUGCCGCAUCGAUGUGCUGGCGGAGACGGUGCACAACAUCGAGCAUCGCCGGGAGCAGGACACCAACGUCAUCGACGUGCACGACGUCACCCAGCUGGCUGCCAACGCUGAUGUGGGCUACCACGCCUGGCAGUGUCCGAAGCCCUUGAAGAGCAGGGAUGUGGUGACACUGCGGUGCUGGCACAUUGAGGAUGGGCAUCGCACCGUUACCAACUUCUCCAUCAAACUUCGGAUGGUAAAGAAACCGCACAAGGCCUGUGUGAAAUACCCUGCCCAGAAGCAGCAGCACGAAGCAAACAUGAACCCCUGGCCGGACCCCGAGCAGAACGCGCUUCCUCCCUCGCCGCCAUCCGAAGUGAAGGCGGAGAGGGGCGAGCACGGCGGUUCGGAGAAGGGAUGCCGCUAG